AUGGAUGGAAGGGAUUGUAAAUAUGCUCAUCCGUCUUUCAAUAUUCCACCUGUGGAUACAACUCAAAUUCUUCGAGCACGGGGACAGUAUAACAUUGGAAUAGUGUGUCACAAUUGUCAUGAAAGAGGCCACAAGGCAACAUACUGCCCCCACUUACCUACUCAAACUCAGUUACCGUUGUUAGAUUCAUCGAAAGUGAAUGUACAGAUAUCACAAGAAUUGGUAGCACUUUCAGAGAAAAAGGCGCUUUCAGAUGUAACCUGCUAUAAG